AUGAGGUGCCAGGACGACUGGUGGAACGAGGUCGUGGACGAGCUUCGCGACGGAAAGCUCUCGGAGAAGAACUACAAGUACCUGCACGGCCUCCCGGUAGAAGGCUGCACCCUCUCGCCCGAAGAGCGGCGAUCCAGGAAGCGUGUGGCGGACGGACCCCGCGACCCGCGGCUCCGCGAAGAGAAGUUCGUGAAGGCCACCGUGGUCGUGGCCAACAACGACGCCAAGUACCAGAUCAACAAGGACCGCGCCAAGGCCUACGCCCGGGACGCGGGAACCCGUCUACACUGGUCCGUGGCCAAGGACAAAGCUGGCGUGGAGGCGCUCCAGGCGCAGGCGUGCGACAAGGAAGCUAAAGUCCGCUGGCUCCAGUACCACGACAUGGACACGGAGGGGCUCUGCGGCAUGCUUCCCCUGGCCAUCGGCAUGCCCGUCGCGCUGACCCACCACGUGGACCGCUCGGAGAAGCUUCUGCUGAAGGGCCGCGUCGGCUACGUGCACAGCUGGGUCUGGCACGACAACGACCAGCAGCCGAGCAUCGUGCACCGCAGCAGCACGAGAAGCCGUAGGUACGUCAAGUUCGAGGGCGCCGACUGGAUUCUCCCAGGCUCGAAGGAGCCCGGGCUUUACCCGAUCCUCCCGAUCUCGCGCACCUGGAAGCUGGACAAGGGCCGCAAGAACGCCGUGCUGAAGGUCAGCCGCACGCAGAUCCCGCUGAUCACGGCCCACGCCAGUCAAGGCAAGACAGCUGUCAUGCUGGACUUGAACGUGGACUCCAAGACCCACGCCGCCUACGGCACCGUGGUGGCCAGCCGCGUCCGGAGCAGAUUCGACCUGCUGAUCCUGCGGCCCUUCCCGCUCUGGCUCUUCCAGCGCGGCACCACGGAGGGCCCAACACUUCUCCUGCGCAAGCUCCGGGGCGAGGACAUCGAUUGGGAGGGCAUGCAGGACGCGCGCUGGCCCCGGGGCCGGUGUGGAAAGUGCAGAGAGCUGAAGACUUGGGACCUCUUCGCCCACGCACAAUGGGAGCUGGUGCGCGCCAACCGCACCGGUCAGUGCCUGGCGUGCCAGCGCGAACCCCUCAACACCAAAGCCCCCGUCAAGCGGAACGUCAACAUGCAGGCGGCCCAGGCCAAGAGCGUAUCAUGCAGCCGCUGCCACUUCACCAAGGACUUCACGCCCACCAUGCGAACCAUGCCGGACAGCGCCCUCGCCUGCAUCGCCUGUCAGCAGAAGCUCCCGGACAAAACGAAGCGGCUGCGAACCGGCUG